UUAAAAAUAGAAGGAUAAUAUUAUUCUUAGUGUGAAUAAAAGGAAUGAAAAGCGACGAAAUUCUAUUAUUAUUAUUAUUAUUAUUAUUAUUAUUAUUAUUAUUAUUAUUUUGUGAAGAAUGAGGGAAAAAAAAAAGAAUAUUUAAAGGGAGAAAGUUUUGUUAUAUUAAACAUAAAUUAUAUGGUUUGGAAGUUGAAAUCGGAAAAUCUGGGAGCGACGGCCGUUGCAGACAGCCGCACCGCAACGAUGAGCUUAGCUCUGCUACAAAGCUACUCCUCCGCCGACGAAGACGAAGAGGAUGUCCGCCACCAAUUGUCAGAAGAUGAAAUCUCCUCCGACGAUGAGAGUGUGGACGCCGUUCCCCGCACCACCCGCUCCUACAAACCCUUGUUCGAUUCCGAUCCGCCCUCCUCUUCCUCUCUGCCCUCCGCUCUCGACGCCUUCUCUGAAGUUGAGGGGCCGCCGCAGUUCCUGAACAAUAGUGUUAAAGAAGAGGCGGUGAAAGAGGAUGUGCAGCGGUGGAGGCAUGGGGGUAGAAGACAGCGUAAAGAGAAGAAAGGCGCGCCCUCAGGAGCCGUGUUGGAAUCUAAGGCGCAGUUGGUUGGGAUCCAUGAGAGAGUGCGAAGUGAUAUUGUGGGCAAAGCCUCUGAAGGGCAAUCCAGUGACUCUGCAAUCGGCACAAAAGUUGGGAAACGCGUGGCAACUGUUGCCAAUCCUAAUGCAGAAGAUGCUGCUGAGCUCUUGAGAAUGUGCUUGGCAUGUGGGGUUCCGAAAACCUAUUCUCACACGAAGGGAAUGGUCUGCCCUAUGUGCGGUGAUCGACCUCCUCCGGCAGAUUCGGAUAAGGACACAGCGAAGAAGAAGGGUUCAGCCAUUAAAGAUAAGGAAAAGAGCAAGAGAAUGAAGGGUCAGUCAUCACACGCGACUUGGAAGAGUGAAACGGAAAUGCAACUUAGACAGCAGUUUGAUUAGCAAAAAAUUGCUAUUCUGUACCUUUAGAUUUGAAUUUCAACAACUUGGGAUUAUGUGUUGUUCAACUUCCAUAGCCGUUGGCUUGGAGAAAUCUCAUCUGUGCUAUAAAAUAUUAUCUUCAUUCGUCAA